AUUAAAUGUAUCCUUCAUUCGUCUCGUUUUGCAAUGGCAAAGGGAUUAAUAUGGGCAACUGCUGAGGAUUUGGCAAAGAAUCGAGCCACAGUGUUGUCAUUGUACCGUCAAAUAUUAAGAAGCCUUAAUUCUCCCGAUCUUCCCUUAACACAUGCUGCUCGCCUUGCUAAGAAAGCUGAGGUUCGAACAAUCUUCUUGUUCGGGUCUGAGGAGCGAUCCUUACACAACAUUGCCGAUCUCAUAGAUGCCGCCCGUUACUCGCUCUCCAUCCUCAAAAAGGGUCGUCUUCCAUAAAUAUCUUCCGUAGCACGCCUCUU